AAAUAAGCCUACGCGCAUGGAAUCGAGUUCCAGGAUGUAGAGGUCAACACGUAAGUAAAGAAAAGGACAUCUGUCACUAGGUAUAUAAAACUCUCUAUCUGCUCCUCGUUUAGAGAGAUUAUCAUCUAGUCAUUGGAAAAAUUUUUUAUUAAUUCCACUGUCCACACGAGGAAAAAAAAAAAAAAAAAAAAAAAAAAAAAAUAAAAAAAAAUAAUAAUAAUAAUAAUAAUAAUAAUAAUAAAAAAAUGAUGGAGUUCCAGUUCACUCCUAACGAGAAACAGUAUGUCGAAGACCGACAGUUGGCAAUCGACCAUAGCAGUGUUAUUAGUAGAAAAGCGUUUGAGGUUAACAUUGGCCUCUUCACGGGUCUCGCUAUUGUAGCUGUCGCCGCCCGCAUUAAAAUUCGAAUACAGGACAUGCGAUGCCUUUUACUCGACGACUAUAUACUCCUUUUCGCGACAGUAUGCCUCACGGUAUCCUUGGGCAUACUGUACUGGGAAAUGACGGAGUUGUACCUGUUGGGUGCUCUAACAAAUAUGCCUACAAAGAUUGUUUUGUCUGCGGGCGAGAUCACGUCGAUGCUGGAUUUUAACAAGAAAAGCUCGAUUAAUACGCCACUGAACUGGAUUGCCAUUACUGCGGUCAAGUUUUCCUUCCUGGCGUACUUUUCCAAGCUGGUCCAGAAUAUCUCACCCAAGCUCAAAACCUACUUCUGGUGCGUCAUCGUAUUUACGGGCUCUUCAUUGGUCUUUAUAGCAUCCUCAAACUUCAUAAACUGUCCCUAUUAUGGGAGAGAGGGUUUUGAGAAAUGCCCCGACGUCGGAAGCCAAUCGAGGGCACUCGGAACGCUAAUCGGCACGACGGCUGUUGACGUUAUCACCGACAUAUUGGUUAUCAGUUUCCCGGUUAUUAUCAUCUAUCACAUGCGCAUGAGCCGGCAGCGAAAGCUGGCGUUUGCAGCUGUAUUAUCACUAUCGCUGGCCAUGAUCAUCAUUGCCAUAAUGCGGCUCGUUGUUGGAUUGACCGUUAAGAGCGUCCACCUGGACAGCGUCUUUUUAGUUUUUUGGCAGCACAUCGAGGCGUGUGUCGCUGUCAUAGUGGGGUCGCUCGCAGCUUUUCGCAUGGCCUUCAACAGAGGCGAAGGAAUGGAGGAUGCAGCCGUGGAAGGUACGCCGCGCAAGUGGUGGCGGGCGCUUCGAUCAAGCGAGGAAGAGACCGGAAGGGAAAAGUGAGCGUGCCGCCAUGGUGGGUUGUACGGGUCAAGAUUCCAAGCAAACGCAGCAACGCCGCAACGCCGCAACGCCGCAUGGAACACCCCUGUCACCGAUUUGUCUUAAGGAAACCUCACCGCGAUUUUGCAUGCGGGAAUAACAGAACUUUGUCCUGCUGCUCACUUUCAAGUAAUUCUGCAACACUUCCACUCAGUCUAAGCACAC